AUGAAACUGAACAAAUAUCCGUAUUUGGUUCAAAAUGAGAUCUUCGAUAACAUGAGUUUCCCCAGUCUAUUUCUGCUGUCCUGUGACAUUUCAAAAUUCAUUGAGUUUGUGAAUAGAUGGAAAUCAGGAGAGGCUUAUCAAAACCUGGAAUACUUGAAAAUCAGAAUUGUUAGCCAUGAUGUCCGCCAGGACGAGAUUCUGAAUGCAAUUGAGGCAAAACAUAUUGAUGCACAGAAAACGCCACUAACGCACCCUCUGCCCAGACGAUACACUGAAUAUACUAAACAACCGAAUACGGAUCCGAUCAUCAACCACUCCUAUGUCGUUCGAGAAUCGGAUAAUCGUGUGGCAUCUUUUCUAAUUGCUAAGUUUUGGAAUUAUCAAAUGAAACUAUCCAAGUAUCCGUCAUUGGCCCAAAAUGAGAUUCUUGAUAACAUGAGUUUCCCCUGUCUAUUUCUGUUUUCGUUUGUAUCCAAAAGUAUGAAGAAACUGAUCAAAUCGUCCCAAUUGCAACGAUUCAAAAGUAUCCAUUCAGUUGAGUAUGACUGUUGUGAUUGGCUUUCACAUUAUUUUAAUAUUUGCUACCAAUCACGAAUUAAGGAGACAUUCACAUAUGCCCAGAAGAAGGAAACUGAAAAUAGGGAUAAGGCGAAUAGAACUGAUCAUUUUUCGUUGUACGUGUCUGGAUACAUAAUUGACUUUCGAUUUUCCGAAUACAAAUCUCUGGUGACAACUUUUCAUCCGUAUGAAAAAGAACAUAUCAUCAAGUCUAUUCAUAAUUAUUUAAUUAGUCUCAUCGGAGAUUAUAUGGAGUAUCAUUAA